GCCGCGAGGACUUUUAGCCCCCGCCCCACCGCUGCUCGUCAGCUGCACGAGACGCGCGGCAUCUCGUGUCAGAUAUGAAAAACUGUCACCUAACGUCCGUUGUUUUAUCAGUUUUGUUCAAGACGACCUCGCCGUUAGCGAAGACCUGGACACCGUUGUUGGCUUAAACGGUGGUAUCAGAACACCGUCACCGCUCUCGGUGUGGGAGUCUGCCCGGUGGCUGGCGGCUCUUUGUGACUCCCUCAGAGUGAAGGACUCUGUGUGUUGCUGGUUUCUUCACUCCAGCAACUGACUCCCAUGGCUGAUUCUGGAUCGGUCAAGCAGGAAUAGGACAGGCCCAGACAGAGAGAUGAGUUGGGCUGAGGAGGACUGGACAGUGGGGUUGUCUGGACGGGUCCUGCAAAAGGUGAAGGAGCUGCAGGUCCAUCAUGAGCGACUGUCAAGAGAGAACAAACAGAAACAACUGCAGCUGGACAACAUCCAUACUAGCCUUGAAAAACAGACAGUGAAGUAUGAGGAGGUGCGUGGGGAGCUCCAGUCUGUGCAGAGAGAGCUCCAGAGUGUUCGUGAGGAAGCCAAGACCGCAGUGAUCAGCAGGGAGCGUCUUACCCAGGAGCUUCAGACCAAACAGGCGCAAGUAUGCUCUUUGGAGGGCCAACUAGAUUCUGCUCGCACCCUCAACAACAAACUCACCCAGGAAGUCAAAAGGCUGGAGGCAGAGCUGGAGAAGCUGCAGAACAGCAGCAGGUCGGCAGAUACCACUCUGUUUUCUACUCCCUCCUGGACUGCACCAUCACCCUGGGAACAAAAUGGGAGCAGAAACGAAGAGAGGUCAGGGCAGCGAGAUGAGGGACAGAGCCGGGCACUUCACAUCCGACAGCGGCUUCAGUUCUCAGACGUGCCCACAACUUCGUUGCCACGACAACCACACAAGAGCACACCCCACCGCCACCCAUCUGACCAAUCGGAGUGCUUCUCCACUCCCUUGGCUGCGUUUCCGUGGGAACGGGAUGACUCAAGACCAGCAGGCAGAAGGCAAUCCCCAUCCUCUCCUCAGGCGCCCUCCACCGAUGUCAUCAGUCAAGGCCAGUCAGUGCUGGGGGUUUGUGGGAAAGAGUGGGACCACAGGACAGAGACAGACAUAUCUUUAUCAGAAGUGAGGAGUCGUGUGUCUUGUCUGGAGGAGGAGCUGUCAGCGAAGAACGGGACGUUGAAGUCGAUUCAGAAUGAAAUGGUGCAAAGCAAGAAGGAGCUCGCUGCCAGGGAGCUCAGCCUACAGAGAGCUCGUGAUGAGCUCAGCCUGGCACACACACGCAUGACCCAGGAGAGUGAACGAGCAUCAGGAGCUGAGCAAAAGCUGAAGCAGUUACAAGAGGAGCUGAAGUGUCAGAGGCAAAAUGCAGAGAGCAGCCGACUGCAACACCAACAGCGCACUAAAGAGCUAGAGAAACAACACCAGAGGGAUUUGACGGAGCUUCAGAAGGAGAGGCAGUGUUUGGAAAAGCAACAUCAGCAGGAGGUAAAUAAGCUCAACCAGGAGCUCCAGCAGGCCAGGACGCUCCACAAUGCCCUGCAGGCCCAGGCUGACAAGCUUUCUCUACAGAAACAAGCAUUGGAAAAGGAGUUGGAUGCACUGAAAGAGAAACUGAGGUGGACAGAGAGACAACUGCAGGAGAGCCAGAAGAAAGAAGCACAGACACAAGCCAAACUGACGGAAGCGGUGCGUGAGGCAGAGGGUGUGGCAGUGAGCCUGGAGCAGAGCAGGAAGAGAGAAAGAAGUCUGGAGGAGGAGGGGAGGAGAUUGGCAGAGGAGCGAGUCGAUGCCCUGCGUCUCCUCAAAGAACUGCAGGAGCAAAAAGCUGCACCAGCACCCCCUCUACAAUCUGUGCAGUUUAGCCCUGUUGGACAGAGUUUCUCCCCUCAACCUGCUUACGCUCUUCAUUCUCGACCAUCAACACACACAAAGAGACCCACUGGUACCAUCCGAGCCGAACAGAAGAAGGAAGAGGAAGAGGACGUGGAUGAGAGAAGGGCAGAAAUCACAGCACCUUACCCUCCUGACAGAGAGCCAGGAGAAGGCAUUGACUCUGAACACAUCACUGUCCUUAUCUCAACAGACUCUGAGAGUUUACAGAGGGGAGGACACAGAAGAAAAACGAACGAUGAAGAGAACAAGAGUACAGAUGAGGCGUUAGAAUGCGGCAGCUCCGGGACAAACAAGCACUCCACAUUUGAUCAUGUACUCCCUAGUUCCUCACAUUCUGCUGCCGGUAUGUCCACCAACACCUAUACUGAUGGUGAUCAUUGCAGUUUGAUGCUUUCUGCUGAAAAGACAGCUUCUCUCAAGCCUGAGCAGGCUAAGGCCUCUGAAGACCUCCAGAGGGAGAACGCCAUGCUGCGCUCAGAGAUAAAUGAUGUGCGUGAAGAACUCCAGAAACGACUGGAUGACCUGGAAGCCCAACGAAGGGCUGAGGCAGAAACCAGGACCCGGCUCAAACAGCUCAGCCGCAAACAUGCCAGCCAGGCUGUGGAAAAGGAGGAGCAGGACAAGGAAUGGAGGGCACAGCUAGAGAGUGAGAGGGCUGAGACAGAGAGGUUGAGGAAGGCCAUGGCUGCUUUGGAGACAGAGGUGAAGAGCAGAAGAGAGGAUAGAGAAAACAAGGGGAGAGAGGGGCAGGAGGAGGAGAAAAACAGAGCUCUAGAAGACAGAGAGAGUGAAAUGAUCGAGCUUAAUAUCCAGCUGAAGAAGCAACUAGCGGAGGUGAAAGCCCAGUUGGCUUUAGAACGAGAAGAGAGAAAGAGAGAUGAAGAGGAGAGGAGCCAAACAACAAACACAGACGUGGAUGUAAAGAACGAGCUGAGCACAAAACUGGCUGAACUUAAAGCUGAAUUGGAAGAACUAAAGCGCAGCAGAAAAGUAGACUCACUGGAAGAGGAGAAACAGUCUGUUGCCAACAGCCCACUGACGUACCUGACUCUCCGUGAUGAUGAGCUCAACUCCAACGUUGUUCGCUGUGACAACAAAUCCCUCCCUUCUCCAGAGCAGCACCUCCUCUUCUGCCAGUCCACCAACCAACUCAACAUGCUUGUAUCUCAGGCAACAGGAGAUUUCAUACAAGAAGAACCAACGGUGAUAGAUCCUGAACACGUACCUCUGUCAGAUGAGGGACAAACAGAUGGAGUGGCCUCUGAGACACUUUCUGACCUCCAGAAAUGUGAGUCUGCCCCAUCAGAUUUGGCAAAAGAGGUGAAGCGCCUGCAGAAGGAGAAUGCAAAGGAGACAGAACGUGCUAAGCAGUACCAGGUUAAACUAGAGGUCCUGCAGAGUCAGGUGACACGUCAGACCCAGCAGCUAACCAUGGCCUUUGAGAAGCAGAGUCAGCACAUUUCAGGGCUUCUAGCUGAGCUGCAGGAGAAGGAGAGUGCCCUCCUCAGCCAAGGAGAGGAACUGCAGAGAUACAAGCAAGAGCUGUAUGCACUCAAGGCCAGGAAAGAGGCCAAAGAAGUGGAGGAUGAUGAUCAAAGAGACAAGGGGCGACAUGAGAAGCCAGUGGAGACCACAGAUCUCCAACCAAACAAGGAAAAGGACUGUGCUGUCACCUUUCACACUACAAGCUCAUUGACAGAUGGCGAUGCUAUUGCACCGAGGGAUGCAGAUCAACCAAAGACAUCUGAUGCUCAAACACCAACACCUUUUAGCAGUGAGGGAGAAAACGAAGCACUCUUGUUAGGGGAACAGCGUCCAGGCUCUGUAGACUCAGACAAGACUGAGAGUAACCAUGACUCUGCUUGUGUGAUGGAAGAGACAGAGUGCAGUCAAGUUGGAGGAACAGCAGACAUGGUUGCAGAACUGCUUGCUCUGCGACAGGAGAAUCAGCUGCUGAAACAAAGAAUAGAGGGCUUGACCAUCUCAGACACCAACACCCUGGUUGUACAGACUGACAGUGAAAACCAAGAAGAUGUAGUCAAGCAUAGCAAGAGCAAUGGAAAUUCUAGUCUGUCCUGCUUGACAGAGCAGAGGCCACCUAGUGUGCAGAAUGACACCAACGUUGAAGGACAGGAGUCACUGCUGCAGAAUGAGAGUAGAAGGCAAGAUGAAGGAGGAGAUCUAACAAGGGAAGAUAAAAGGAAAACAAGGGCUGAAGAAGAGCUGGAGGAGGUGUGUCAGCUUCAGAUCAACCACUUAGAGCAACAGGUGGAGGCGCUGCAGAUGAAGGUACGAGCUCUCAGUGAGGAGACCCAGCAGCAGGCUGAGGAGCUCGCUCUGUGGAGGCUGGCCUCCCACCCAGCUCCAACAUUUGACCAUUUCCUUCCCAGCACAGAUAAUCAGGACCAGAGCUCUGCUGUCAGACAGUCCCAGUCAAACCAGCAGCAGACUGAUGAGAUGACUCACAUCCCACCAGGGAUCCAGAGCCAGGGUCUCACUCUUGAGGCGCAGGCUCAGGUUCAGGCACCCACACCUGGUAUUCAGGAAAGCCCUGCUAAUUUAACAAUCAUCAGAGAAGAUGAGUUAUUCCUCUCCUGCUCCUCCAACAAACUGCAGGGCCGCAUGUUGUUCUCCAGGCUGCAGCACAGCAACCUUCCCGAACCAAAGAGUUUCCAUCCCUCUAAAAAAACUGCAGCACUUCAGGAAUAUAUUCAGGAUGCUGCCAAGAUUGACAAGGAAUCUGAAAAAGAAAAUCAGGAGAUCAACUUCUUACAAUUGUCUGAUACCUGUCCGACAAAACACAAAGACAAGAGCGAGGGUGAACCCAUCCAGAUGUCAUCGGAGAAUACGGGUCAACAACAUGUUACCAAAGAUCUCCAUAAAGUCUCAGGACCAAAUAAGACCAAAACAACACACGGGUGUCACACGGGAAAUCCUGAGGCCAAACCAAAUGCUUCCAGAGCAACAAAUGAAGUAAACACAACCAAUGAUUCUUCAGCCAGAGCUGUCAGGACAGAAAUGAAAAGUGUUAGCAGUCAAACAGAGGAGAGAUUUUAUCCUCACAGUGCUCCAGCAGAAUCUGAACUCUGCUGUGCUUACACACAGACUGAGGAGGAGGAGGAAGAAGAUGAAGAAGAUUUAGUGGAUUCCCCUCCUGUCUCCCCUGUCCCAUCAUCUGGGGGGGCAGCGUUAGGAGACAAAAUGUUGUUUUCAGGUUCCUUCCCCAUUCCGGCUGACCCAGCCCGUCUGGCUGAAAGAAUCCGCCGUAACAGGACUCAGCUGUCAGCUGCCUUUGACGACACAGAGUAUGAACCUUAUGGGCUGCCAGAAGUUGUCAUGAAAGGUUUCGCUGACAUCCCAAGUGGUCCCUCGUGUCCCUACAUCGUGAGACGAGGCUUGUUAGGGACAACUGUUGUACCUGUCACUCAGAAAGACCCGGGAAAGGAGGAGGAGACGGACUGAAUAACGGCUACAGACAGGUCUGAUCUGAGCUGAUCACUGUGACUUGAGAGUGAACCUCAGUGAUGGAAGACAACAGCUCCACAGGAACACUCCAGUCACAAGCAACCUAAAUCACAGUGACAGUUUAAAAAAUGCUGCAGUCACCCAUGGACCUCUUUACAUGUGUGCAGGUAACCGGUCCUGCACUGGCAGAAUAAACACCUCCACUGUGGAUCCAAAAUGUCUUAAUGGUCACUAGUUUAUCCUGUAAUUGCUGUGUGGAGACUUUGCUGUCCAUCAUGAUGGAGUGACUUUACACCCACCUGUAUAUGUAGGUGCAGAAGUGGUGAUUUAGUGAUGUUUGUUGAUGUUUCUUGAAGAUAACAUCCACUUUUCCAAAGGGACUGUUUAGUUUUUAGUAACUCUGAAUUAACUUAUGGGUCUAGCCUUAGCCUACUUUGAAUGAAACAGUGCCUAGUUGACACUUUUCUAAACAAGCACUUGUCAAGAUAAGUUUGACUUGUUUUCCAAAAGGGUGAAGCCAAGAAAGGUCUGUUGUGAAAAUGUGAUAUGUAUAUUUUUCUUUUUUAUUUUUGAGGUGGCUUAUUUAUGGAUACUUGAAUGUGUUUUAGCGGAGAACAAGUGUUUCCAAAAAUUGUGUGAAAACACAGGGAAUGUGCAUGUGAGACGUUAGCUGUGAAUAUGAACAUGUGUACUCAUCUUGACGUUACUGUUUGUACACGUGUGUGUGUGCAUGUGUGUGUGUGUGUGUGUGUGUGGGAGAGAGAGAGAGAGAGAGAGACAGAGAGGGCUGAGCACAUCUAUGACUCAGUCUAACUUGCAUUGGUUUCCGCUCCAUGUAUGGUGAUACACACUGUGCUCCCUCUCUCCUCCCUCUGCUGCUUUGCUUCUCUGUCUUACACUAACGAGCUCUCAUUAGUCAGUAGCUCUGUGAUGAACUUAUCAAAAACUAAACAUGUAUUUAUUUUAUCAGCAGAGCAUACUGAUAGAUCAGCUGGUUUCUUAGAUUUGAUCAGAUAUAAUUUAUUUGAUUUAUGGACCAUUUUGGUAGGUUUUGUUUAUUGCACAUUUGGUACUGUGCCAUAGACAACAGUAGCCCACAUAUUUUACACUUUAGAUUUUGUUAAUGAGUUUGGAGCCCAUGUACAGUUUGUAUUAUGCCCUAUAAAAGAGGAGAAUCACUUUUUGAUGAAAGUGAAAGAAGGAUAGACUCACAUUGUUUCAGGUUCUAGUCUUAGAACUAUACUUACAUGUCCAUAGGUAUGUUGAAAGGGCUACUGGUCAUUGUAAUUGUCUCUUUGUCUCCUUCAACAAUCUGAGUUAAGGCCUAGUCAAACCAGAAAGUGAUACAGUCUGCACGUCUCUGAGAAAUAUUUGAUCUGGAAGUUUGGUGACAUGGUGACAGUACUGGGAGGAUAUUCUGUUUUUCUUUUUUUUUUCUUUUUUACAUCUGCUGUUCUUUGUACUUCUUCCUGACAUUUUGCUCACCAUUAUGCACCACUUUGGUCCUGGUUGGUGACGGACUUCACACAGCUAAUCCCGUCAUUGGUCAGCACUGUCAGUAUAACCUGCUCUCUGGGCAGUGUUUACUUGCUGAGCUCUAGUGGAGGGAUAGUUACUAAAAGAGGGAAUGUCAUACUAUAAAGAUGGAAGAUACCUGCUUGAUAUUUCUAACUGAUUUGUCUAACUGAAACUGCUGAAGCCUCACAUUGGCUUCAGAUACGGCACUGGUGAGUUUAUCCCCCUUUAAUUACAUUGACACUGCUUUAAGAAAGGUUCUUUUGCAGCCAGUAUGGACAGGAGGAAUAAUUCAGAUAACCAUUUAUUCUUUCAAUAUACAAAUUAGCAUGUGGGUAUUGUUUUAAACAGAACUUGGGAAAAAUAUGAACCUAUCCUUUAAAGCCUUGUAGUGCUUUCUAUCAGUGAUAUUUGAGAUUAUUUAAGAUGAAGGUUUAUAGACAUGUUAAAAGUGUGGAGUAAUUUUUUUUUUUUUUUUUACGAGGAGGUAGAGCUGUUCCUUCCUGGUCUUAACUUGUGUUAACUUGGUUCAGAACAGAGCGGACUGUUACUGCCAUGACUCGAUGCCAUCGCUGUUCACCUGCCAUGUCGACACCCUCAUGCACACACAUACAUGCACACACUUGCCCUCCCUUUCAGCUGCCUUCACAUCUCUGGGAUCUGUAGUUGUUUUGGCAGUGAGCUGGGACAGUCAGACACUGAGCAGGGAAGCUCACUGUGGAUCUUGUUGCCUUGUUUUGGACACUUUAAUGUGAAUGUAUCUGUGUUGUGUUUGCGGCUAGAAUAAAAGGCUUGCUCUUAA